CUCUCUCUCUUUAGGCCCAAAAUUUUCUCGCCGUUUCGCGUUUGCCAAGCGCAUCGAACUCUUUUUCCUCUUUAUUAUUUUUUAUUUUUACUCUCUCUAUCUUCCCUUUCUCUCUCAUCGUCGCGUCUUGUUCGCACAAAAUCUCUGGAUUUCUCUUCCAUUCCCAGCGAUCGAUCUCGAUUACUCGAAGAACCCUUCCUUUUCCCUUUCCUUCGCCGAUUUUUCCGAUUACAAAAAAUCGCCACCUAAGCCCUAAAAAGAAAAAGGAAACACCACACUUACCCCUCUUUCUUUCUAUCGAUCGGCUAGGUUUUCUUUUCCCCCCUUUGUUCGAUUGGAUUGUAUUGUACAGCAGUAGCAGGAAGAAGCAGAGAUCUGAGGGGCUUGAUCUAGGGUUUUUCGAUUUUGUCGUUGGUCUCUCUUUAGCAGUCCAUGCCGAUUGUUCGAAUCUAGGGUUUUCAUUAUUUUGCUGCUGUGGGGAAAUUCGACCUCGAAUUGAUGUUUCUUUUCAGGGAGAAUUGUGGGAUCAAUGAAGAUGGAGGAAUAUUAUGCAUGGGUCCGGUCCUGAGGAGUGGAAACACAGCCGGCACAUGUGGCCUGUACCUUCCAACGCCACCGCUGUAGCCCCCGAUUCUUCACCGUCUGAAUAUAUAUGCAAAGAUGGACGCAAGAUUCGUGUUGGUGAUUGUGCACUUUUCAAGCCACCCCAGGAUUCCCCACCUUUUAUUGGAAUAAUUCGCAAGUUAAUAGUUAAUAAAGAAGAAAGUCCAACUUUAGAAGUGAAUUGGCUUUACCGACAUGCUGAUGUGAAUCUUGCCAAGGGUAUAUUGGAAGCUGCCCCAAACGAAGUCUUCUACUCCUAUCACAAGGAUGAAAUAUCUGCUGCAUCAUUACUCCAUCCGUGUAAAGUCGCGUUCCUUCGUAAAGGUGUUGAACUUCCUUCAGGGAUAUCUGCUUUUGUCUGCAGGCGAGUGUAUGACAUUGAGAACAACUGUUUAUGGUGGCUAACUGAUAAAGAUUACAUUAAUGCUGUUCAGGAAGAAGUUGACCAGUUAUUAGAUAAGACAAAAUUAGAAAUGCAUGGGGCAGUGCAGUCAGGAGGCCGUUCGCCAAAAGCUUUGAAUGGUCCGACGACAACACAAUCAUUGAAAUCUGGUUCUGAUAGUGUUCAAAAUAAUUCUUCCCUUGGUGCACAGGUUAAGGGAAAAAAGAGAGAAAGGGGUGAGCAGGGAUCUGAUCCAUACAAAAGAGAGCGGUUAUUUAAAGCAGAUGAUGGGGAUUCUGGACAGGGUAGACCUGAGAGCAUGAUGAAGUCUGAGAUUGCUAAAAUUACUGACAAAGGUGGGCUUGUAGACUUUGAAGGAGUUGAAAGACUUGUACAGCUCAUGCAACCAGACAAUGGUGAUAAAAGAAUAGAUUUGGCUGGGCGAAUUAUGCUUGUUGAUGUUAUAGCAGCUACAGACCGUUAUGACUGUCUUGGUUGGUUUGUACAGCUUAGGGGUUUGCCUGUGUUGGACGAAUGGCUCCAGGAGGUCCACAAAGGGAAAAUUAGUGACAGUAGUAACCAUAAAGAAAGUGACAAAUCUGUGGAGGAAUUUUUGUUAGCGUUGCUUCGUGCAUUGGAUAAGCUUCCUGUUAACCUUCAUGCAUUACAAACAUGCAAUGUUGGGAAAUCUGUCAAUCAUUUACGCACACACAAAAAUUCUGAAAUUCAGAGGAAGGCUAGGGGUUUAGUAGACACGUGGAAGAAACGUGUUGAGGUUGAAAUGAAUAUGACUGAUUCAAAAUCUGGUUCUACUCGUCCUGUUUCAUGGCAAGUAAAGCCAGCGGCUUCUGAGGUCUCUCAUGUUGGAAAUAAGAAAACUGGAGGACCGGAGAAUGCUACAAAGGGAUCUGCAAUUCAACCUUCGGUAUCUAAACCUUUGUUGGCUAAGCAUGUUUCUGUGGAGGCCCUGUCCAAGUCCUCUUCAGCUCCUGGUUCAAUUAAAUCGAUGACUACCUCAGUAAGCAGUACCUCUAAAGAUCAAAAUGUUAAGGCGGUAGUUGGCGCUGCAGCAUCAGAUCAACCGUUGACACCUAUCAAGGAGGAGAGGAGCAGCAGUUCUAGUCAAUCUCAGAACAACAGCUUUUCUUGUUCUAGUGAACAUGCAAAAACUGGUGGGUCUUGCCGGGAAGAUUCAAGGAGCUCCACUGCAGUGUCAAUGAGUGUGAGCAAAAUGCCUGGUGGUGCAUCUCGAACCCGGAAGUCCAGCAAUGGUAUACAUGGCGCUGGUGUCGCUCUUGCUCAGAAGGAUCCCACUUCUGCAAAAAGUUCCACUAGAAAUUCCCCUUCUGAAAAAGUUUCACCAACUCGGGUAGCCCAUGAAAAGUCUCCUGAUCAGCCAACCGAUCAAGGGAGUAAUAAUCAGCGUCUGAUCCUUAGGCUGCCAAAUACUGUUCGCAGUCCUUCACGAGGUGCUAAUGGUGGCUCUUCUGAAGAACCUGCUAUUCCUUGUGGGAAAGCUUCGCCUCCUUCUGACAAGAAUGAGUCUCAGGAUAGAAGAGUGAAGGCUAAGAAUGAUGGUUUGCAUACCAUUGCUUCAUCAAAUGUGAUAACUGAGGCAUGUGCUACAAGUUGUGAGGAUCAUAACGGUUCUCCUUUGGGUGAUGAACGGGGAAGGGUUAAUGAAGAUGGCGAUAAAGUAGCAGAGACAUCAAAACAAACUAAUUCCCCUUCAGGUUUUAUUUCCAGAUCUGGCCAGACUUAUGAUGCAUCUUUAAGCCCUAUGAAUGCAUUAGUUGAAAGCUGUGUGAAAUUUUCUGAAGCAAGUGCCUCUGUUUCGCCUGGAGAUGAUGGGAUGAACUUACUUGCUACUGUUGCUGCAGGGGAAAUAUCCAGAUCUGAAAAUAUCUCACCUCCAGCUUCACCUGAGGGGAAGUCAUCUGUGGCAGAUGAAUCAAGUUCAGCCAAUGUUUCCAAGCUAAAACAUCCGGCUGAAACAUCUGCUCAUACUGUUGCACAAUCUGAUGCAGUAGCUUCAGGAGAGCCUCAGUUUAGUGCUGUUGAGUCAUUGCAAUUUAAAAAUGAUCCAGGGCACCCUGUGACAACAAUGUUGCGUGAUUCUUCUGUAGACGAAGCUAUUUCAUCUAGUUGUAAAGAGAAAUCUGGUGAUAACAGAGCUCAAAUAAAUUGUUCAGCUGCAGAUUUGUCACAAAAUGCCGAAGCUGUAUGCCCACGGUUGGAAACGGCUGAGGAUACUCCUGAAACCUUGUUACCAUAUAAAAAGGAGACUCAGGACCAAUCACUCGAGCAGAGGGUAAAAUGUGAAAAGUUACCGGAGUUAUCUUCAGAUGAUAAGAAGAUUGGUGUGGAGCAAGUGAUGGUUACUGGUAUGUCAUCUCAAAAGUCAUCUCCAGUUACAGAAAAAUCUGAGUCUCCAGAUUUUAAAAAGGAGGAUGUGGCUCCACCCUCUGCUUCAGGUAAUUCUUUGCCAGCAUCCAGGGAUGAACAAGCAAGUGAGAUGAAGUUGGCUGCCGCUGAACUUGAUGAAAAACGGAAGGAUCGAGACUCAGCAGUUUCAGCUGAAGCUAAUGGAUGCGAUGAAGAUAAUUCUGGCAGGAAAGAGGUUCUUCGACAAUGCUCUAUGUCUUCAAAUCGCCCAGAGUUGUCUAAAGUUCCUGGGAAAGAAAAUGAAGCAUCCAAAACCUCAGAGUGUAACUCAGAUGGGAAUGAUUCUCAUGUUGCAGGAGAGCAUGCCUGCAGUAUUAAUCCAUCUGUAACUGUUUCUGGGUCUGAUGCAGCCGUAAGAUUGGACUUUGAUUUAAAUGAGGGUUUCCCUGUUGAUGAUGUGAGCCAAGGGGACAUUGUUAGACAGGAAGAACAUGUCGCAUCAUCUGUGGUUCGAAAUCCUUCUGCAUUGCCUUUCCCCAUUUCGUCCAUCUCUGGGGGAUUCCAUGCAACAAUUACCGUGGCAUCUGCUGCCAAGAGACCAUUAAUUCCGCCGGAAAACCCAUUGCGCAGUAAGGGUGAACUUGGAUGGAAAGGCUCUGCUGCUACAAGCGCCUUCCGGCCAGCUGAGCCUAGGAAAAACGUAGAGACAUCAUCAACUAGUGAUAUUCCUUCUGUUGAUUCCACUGCUUUGAAACAAUGCCGUGCUCCUUUAGAUUUUGAUUUGAAUGUUGCUGAUGAAAGAAGUUUUGAGGAUGUAGCUUCCCAUGGUUCUUUAGAAUCUGGUCCACCUGAUCGCACCACUAUGGGACUUGAUCUUGAUUUGAACAGAGUUGAUGAGACUCCUGAUGCUGUUUCUUUCUCUCUCAGUAAACUGGAUGUUCCUGCUUUGCCAAGUAAGUCUUCACUGUCUGGUGGGUUAUCCAAUGGCGGGAGUGUGUCGAGAGACUUUGAUUUGAAUAAUGGACCAGGCCUUGAUGAAGUUGGCACCGAGGUCCCAGCUCGAAGUCAGCAGAUGAAAAAUAGUGCACCAUUUCCAUCUGCUAUCCAUGGUACGAGAGCGAACACUGCUGAAUUGGGGAAUUAUUCGUCAUGGUUUCCUCCAGGCAAUUCAUAUUCAGCAAUUACUGUCCCUGCGCAUCUUUCUGGUAGAGGUGAACAGAGUUAUGUUACAGCUGCUGCGGCACAGCGGCUCAUGGCUACUUCUGGUAGCAGUUCCUUUGGUCCUGAGCUGUACAGGGGGCCAGUGCUUUCAUCCUCUCCUGCUGUUGCUUACCCACCUACUGCACCCUUUCCGUAUCCAGGGGUACCGUCACAGCCAGUUGGACCUGGCGGUGUUGUCUCCUCAGCGUAUGCUCGUCCCUAUGUCAUGAGUCUUCCAGGUGGUACAAGUAAUGUGAUUCCUGACAACCGCAAAUGGGGAAGUCAAAGUCUCGAUCUUAAUUCAGGCCCUGGUGGCACGGAUACAGACCGAAGAGAGGAUAGAUUGCCUUCUGGGUUGAGGCAAGUGCCCGCUCCCAAUCCCAAUUCACAAUCCUUGAUGGAAGAACAUAUGAAGAUGUUUCAGGUGGCAGGUGUGUUGAAGAGGAAAGAACCUGAUGGUGGUUGGGAUGGAGCUGAUAGAUUUAGCUACAAACAGCCCUCAUGGCAGUAGGAUAAUGGAAAUAUUUAAGUUGAGGUUUUUUGUGGAAGAUGUCGGGAAUAUUUGGGAUAAAUUUAGCAUGCCGUGUGUCCACUGAUGCUUCGCUUGCUGCUGGCAUAGCAGGGCCUCUGAUGGCUGAUGCAGUUUGUUUUGUAUGAAUCUGCUUCCAACAGAUUGCCCCUUCCUUGCAGAUAAGUUUUUUUCUGUGUAGAUAUCUAACUGAAAACAGGUGUGAUAAUGCCCCGCCUAGUGUCUCAGAAAACGAAAAAAGAAAGAAAAAAGGAAAAAAAGGAAAAAAAAAUUGGCAUAAAUGUUGACUGUGACCGUUCCUUGCAACAUCCCAAUCCAUUCUCAACCAUUUGAAAGGAGAGGAUUGGAUGAAUCACUGGCCAGGCUUGAAGCCAGUUCUGUCUUUCUUAAAAUUAUUUUUUCUUUCCUCCUUACCUUCUCUUCCAACUUUUGUUACAUAUAUAGAAUGCUGUAGUCUCUUGACUUUUUGAAUUUUCUCACUUAUCACAUUCUGGUUAUUGAUGAUAUAUGCACAGGUUAGCCGUCAUGGUCAAUGUGUGGCCUC